AUGACCAAAGAACCUGAGCCUUCGGACUCGCUGUCCUUGCAGGCCUCUGGGUACACGGAAAAGGGUGUCACGGCUCACGUGGAGAAUGAGAAGCUGGUGAAGCGAUAUUCCCCGCUCUCCGUCAUCGCCUUUGCCUUCACGACCACAAAUUCAUGGGUGGCGUUCGGGUCCGGGCUGGCCGUCCCUCUUGCCUGCGGCGGCGGCCCGGGCCUGAUAUACGGCCUCAUUGCUGCCGGCGUCGUCAUGGCCGUCAUUGGUGUCGGCUUCGCGGAGCUGGCCUCGGCGUUCCCCUCGGCCGGAGGCCAGUACCACAUCGUGUACAUGAUCUUCCCGCCGCGAGUCCGUCGCAGCGCCGCCUUCGUCACCGCGUGGCUGACCAUCAUUUACAUCAUGGCUGCGCUGGCCUCGUGCAACUUCUUCGUCGCGAGCUCGAUUCUCGACCUGGUCACUCUAUGGCAUCCGAGCUACGAGGCUGAGGCGUGGCAGACGUACCUGCUGCACAUUCUGCUGUGUAUCGUCGGGUUCGUCGCCACGUCGCUGUACCCUACGGCAAUCGGACGGCUUGGCAUCACGGUGUUCUGGCUCUCCCUGGCUGGAUUCGUUGCGUCGUUGGCCACCAUCCUCGCCGUCAGCGAGAAGAAGCAGCCCGGAUCCGUUGUCUUCCAGGAUUACCAGAACGCCAGCGGCUGGUCCGACGGUUGGGCUUUCUUCAUGGCCAUUACAGGCUGCUUGUGGGCUUACAGCGGCGUCGACGGCCCCACGCAUCUGGCGGAGGAGGUGCACAACCCGAGUCGCAACGUUCCCAUUGCCAUUUUCUUGACCAUUGGGCUGGGCAUCAUCACGGUCCUGGCGUGGAACAUUGCCCUCAUGUUUGUGGUCGUCGACGUUGGCGCCAUCAUCGAGUCCACGGUGCCCAUCCUGGAGGUCUACAACCAGGCCCUGAACUCUCGUGUGGCGACGACUGUCUGGACCGUCUACUACAUCGUCAUGUUCUACGAGAUCGUCCUCAACCUCUUCAUCUUCGGCGGCCGCACGGUGUGGUCUCUGUCUCGCGAUGGAGGCGUGCCUUUCUCCAAGUUUGUCUUGCAUCUCAACAAUGCCAGUCCAGUUCGAGCGACGGCCGUCAUCCUGGCCUUGGAGAUUGUUGUUGGCGUUCUCUACGUGGCGUCGACAACAGCGUACACGAGCUUCAUCAACCUCACGCUGUUUGCGCUCAACAUCACGGUCGUCGUCCCGCAGGCGGUGCUGCUCUUCCGCGGACGUGCUUGCCUACCUGAGAGAGCCUUUUCGCUGGGGAAGCUCGGAUACCCCAUAAAUGCCUUGGCGACUCUCUUCUUGAUGUUCUCUUCUGUAACACUGUGCUUCCCGUCGUUUGCCCACCCUACCUCAUCCUCGAUGAACUACCUCAUUGUGGUCGCGGCGGUUGGUGUGGCCUUGAUCACAGCAUUUUGGUGGGGUGGACUGAGAGACCGCUUCACCGGCCCUUCCGUGCACAUUAGUCGAGAGCCAGCGGACCAGGAUAUUUGA